AUGGGCAUUCCAGACAGUUCGGGCAUCCAAGUCAUGGCCAACGAUGCUGGCGCCCAGGAUGCGACAGCCUCCAGCCAAUCUCCAGGGUCUGACGGCAAUAUCACGCCGGUAGAAAGCGAGCCAAAAGACUACAUCGACCCCAAGGAGGAACGGGCAUUCCUUUGGCGCCUUGACCUGUUCUUCCUCACCAUAGGAUUCCUGGGCUACAUGUUCAAGUACAUCGACCAAACCAACAUUAGCAAUGCAUACGUGUCUGGAAUGAAGGAGGAUCUCAGCCUGUUCGGCAAUGAGUUGAAUUACUUCACCACAUUCUUCAACAUCGGAUACAUGAUCAUGCUUUACCCUUCAUGCAUCAUCAUCUCGCACUUUGGCCCAUCAAAGUGGCUUCCAGCAUGCGAGCUCAUCUGGGGCGUACUUACAUGCUGCUUGUCAGUCGUCACGAGCUCCAAACAGGUUUACGGCCUCCGCUUCCUCAUCGGCCUGUUUGAAGGCACCGCCUGGCCAGGAUACUUCACACUCAUCAGCCAGUGGUACAUGCCCCACGAAGUAGCUCUGCGCAUGAGUCUCUACAACAUCGCCCAGCCCGCGGGCGCCAUGCUGUCCGGCGCAAUGCAGGGAGCGCUAUCUACGAACUUUGAGGGCGUUGCCGGGAGGUCAGGCUGGCGGUGGGCCUUCAUCAUCAACGGUGCUUGCACCAUCGUCGUGGCGCUCGCAGCCUUCUUCAUUCUCCCCGGCUACGUUGGUCUCACCGACGCGAUCUUCUCACCACCAUGGCUAACUCGAUCACAGCCCGAACGCCCCAAUCCGCUUUCAAAAUUCUAUAUGACGGACCGUCAUAUCGAGAUAGCAGUCGCGCGCGGCCGCCGGGUUGGACGUAAGCCGCAAAUUGGCAUCACGGUCAAGUCUUUCCUCCGAUGCUUCACAUUCUGGCAGCUGUGGGCUAUUGCAAUUGCGUGGCCUGUUGGGGGCAACUUCACGCCCGCCAGCUACUUCAACCUGUGGCUGAAGUCUUUGAAGAACUCGGACGGAACUGUCAAAUACUCUGUGGCUAUGCUCAACUACCUGCCGAUAGCGGGCCAAGGUCUACAGCUCAUUUCGGAGCUCCUGUUCAGCGGCUUCAGCGGUUACUUUGGCGUUCACCUGCCAUUCCUGCUACUUCAUUCCGCUAUCAACAUUGCCUCUCAGGUAAUUCUCAUCGUCCGGCCAAAGAAUGAAGGGGCUUACAUGGCCGGCUGGUACAUGAACUACAUCGGAGCUGUUUCCACAAUGCUCCUCUGCUCCUGGGGCUCAGCGCACCUCCAGCACGAGCCUGAGGUCCGCACUGUCCUGUUCGCCAGCGGCACCGUCCUUGCUUAUAUCAUGAGCGCCUUCAUCCCCAUUGCCGCGUUCCCGGCUUCGGAGGCUCCCAACUGGCGCAUCGGAUCAAAGCUGUAUCUCGCGUUUGCGCUUGUGGCUGUGGUGAUCUUCAUCGGAAUCCAUUUCGGGUUCAAGUGGGAGGAGAAGAAGCAGCAGAAAGAGGUCGUGAAGGAGGAGCUGGCUGGCGAGCCGGACGACGCGAACGCAGGGGUCAAGACCGUAAGUCUGGAGACAGAGAAGUAG